AGUUGACAAGCUGACUCAUUCAAGCGUCCAAGGUUUGYUGGUGAACCGAGUUCGUAAUUGUUUCCUUUAAGAAUAUGACUUCCACGGGGUCCAGUCUCGUCAUUAACGUAGAGCCAGAGAUUAUGAGCCGAGUACCAUGGAAGAAGCCGAAGAACAAAUUGUGUAAUAAUCGAAUGUUUGGUCGCCGUCUGAUAGUCUUGAUUCCUUCGCUUUGUGCUUUUAUCUUAUUCGUGUCAGCGAUCGCGUACUAUUCUACCAACAUUGAAUCUUGUGUACUUUAUAUCAAUGGGACUCGAAGUGCUACGCUCGGGGAAAAAACUAAAUGCACUUCAAUGCAACUUAAGUAUGAGAACCAACCUGGUCACGAAGUACGACUCGAAAAAAGGUUGCCGCAAUUCAUUGGCACGCUGUUGGUCGUCGUUUUUUUUGUGAUGAUUUUCAUACUCUUUGUCCCUUGGAAACUCGGUAACUACAUCACCUUUAAGCGUCGCAUUAACUGCUGUCUCCUGCCAGUUAGCCUCAAAGACGCGAUCAAYCGAUACAUGACUGGAUACAUCAGCGACGAGGAUCACUUCCAAAAAGUUGUGCAGUCUGGUCAAGCAAGUUUAGAAUCGAUCAUCCAGAAAUUGAAAAAAACCAUACCGGAAGUGACGUUUGAUGUAUUGAAGACUGGAAGUCUUGUGGAACGACUUGGAAAGCCAACCAUUCUGAAAACCUGCGACACCGAACAUCUUCCAAUAAAAUCAUUACUAAGUACUGACUUUGAUGUGAUGUUAACACCCCAAACAGUCCUGGCAGCAGCGACUGAAGAUCCUGAGACAAGUCAAGCUCAAACGCUCUUCGACGUCGUUACCUUGGAAAACAUCACACCUGGGUUCGUGUGGUUGAAGCUGAACCAAAAUUGCAAGGAAUCAAGUGACAAGUUUUGGAGGGAUCUUUGUGCUGAGUAUACUUUUCCUGGUGGUUCAAAAGGAUUAUAUCUUUCCUCUUUCGAGGUACGAAACGUAUUCGUUAAAGGGAUGAAACGAAUCAAGCGGAAAGUGACAGGAUAUUGUGAUUGCUAUAAAAAGAUCGCAGCAAAAGGCAUCGCCUUUCAUGUCAAAGCUCAGGGCCCGGCCGUUACUGUAAAAGUAGAGCGUAGACAGGGUAUUUACGUGCCACAAAAGUYUAUGAGCCUUCGUCCAACUUUAUUCUAUGGUGAUUUUAUCUUCGCGAUAAAAUGCAUUGGAUGGCCACAGGAAGCCAGUGAAUGGCCUUUACGCCAGCGACUAUGGCCGCCACAAGCGGUGGUUGACGAAAUCAUGACGUAUGGAUAUCACGUGGUUCCAAAGCCCACAAACCCGACCCUAGACACUGUGAAAAGGGAGAAAAAGAAGAAAAAGAAGAAAAAAAACCAGCAGAAUGAGAAUCAACCCCUUCUAGAAUAUGAAUGGAGGUUGUCUUACUCUAUGGCCGAGCUUUCAUUGGCAAAGCACAUUCCUCCUGUUGCGCGCGCAUGCUUUUUGGCGUUAAAGGCGACAAUAAAACAACAUCAGACACCUGAUGCUGGCGGACUAAGCUCGUAUCACCUCAAGACUACUCUAUUUUGGGCUUUAGAGUUAAACCCCCCUGACUUCUGGUGCGAGGAACAAAUUGAGGAAUGCUUCAUGAAGCUUGUUGAUACCCUGUUGGACUACGUGAAAAAUAAACACUGUAGUCACUAUUUUAUGAAGCAUCUAAACCUGAUGUCGCUUGAUGAAAGUCAGCUUGAAGAGACCGAGAAUCUGCUGUCCGAGAUCAAGGAAAACCCUGGGAGUUACGUCUCAAGUGAGGACCUCCAAUGUCGGGGGAACCUGGCUGCCUGCUAUGAGUGCCUGUGUUUUGGACAUGGUGAAAAUGUCUACAUAGAUGUAUACUAGACUGCUUGGGACGAUCCAGUAAUUUUAAGAGGGAGUGGGGUGAGGGGAUUAGGAUACCUUAUGCAUUUACCACAGGAAACCCAUAAUAGGCGAGAAAAUGGUGGAAAUGACAGAUAAAACUAAAUUUGAAAGCUUCAAGUAAAUAUAACUA